AUGGAAGACCAUUAUUUACAAACACUAGUUGCGAGAGCUCUGAUUGAAACACUGGAUGUGAAGGUGAGGGAGAACGUGCUGACCCCAACCCAGGCACAGUUUGUUCUAUCAAAGUUUUAUGAGGCGGUGCCCAAAGUCUUUAACGCCUCAGUUGCCAACACGAUGAGCUUCAAGGCGAAGAUGCUGACGUACAACUAUGUUGAUGGAGUAUGGAAGUUCAUAGCAAAGGAUUUUGGGAUGAGCAUAAACAAUAAAGUAUAUAGAACCGAUUUUAUUAGAAUAAUAGCACGAGAUGCAGAUAUUAAUGGGGAUGUAGGGAGAAGAAGGAAGAGGAAAAUAUGA